AAACGGAGCCGUGGGGCGGGGUCGUGAAUACUGUAAACAGUAACGUGCGAUUUGGUCACUUGCAUGAGCUGCAGAGCUUCCGUGAACGCGCUUUCUUUUUCAUUGAAGUUGGACCUGCAAAUAACGUUGCUGUCUCUCACUUAACUUGAGUCUAAAAUCAGAUUGCGCCAGACCUCACAAGCAUGGCGUCAGAAUGUCUGCAGGAUCUGCAUAUUGAAGGUGAAGAGCAGCGUCACAUCUCUACAAAGGUGAAGAUGAGCCAGAUAGUGCUGCCCUGUCAUGCAAACCACUGUGGGGAACUGAGUGUCGGACAGCUGCUGAAAUGGAUGGACUGCACAGCUUGUCUCUCUGCUGAGAGACAUGCUGGAUGUCCCUGUGUAACAGCUUCUGUUGAUGACAUCUACUUCGAGCACACCAUUGGUGUGGGACAGGUGGUCAACAUCAAAGCCAAAGUUAACCGAGCCUUCAAUUCAAGUAUGGAGGUGGGGAUAGAGGUGAACUGUGAGGAUCUGUACAGUGGUCGUCAUUCCAGAGUUUGUCAGGCCUUCGCCACAUUUGUUGCCAGACGCACAGGGACAAGUAAGGUGCAGUUAAAGCAGGUGCUUCCUCGCACACACAGAGAGCAGGUGGAACACAGUUUAGCAGCUGAGAGAAGGAGAAUGAGACUUAUUCACCAUGACAUCAUGGAGGACUUGCUCAGCAACAAGAACUUCCAGAAGAGUAUCACUGAGGAGGAAGACAGCCGUGAUGAAGAUGAGGCAGUGGACACAGAAAGGACUCGUGUGGAGAGCGUGGAGCUCGUUCUCCCUCCUCAUGCCAAUCAUCAGGUCAAUACAUUCGGAGGCCAGAUUAUGGCCUGGAUGGAAAAUGUGGCAACCAUUGCAGCCAGUCGUUUGUGCAAUGCCCAUCCCACUUUGAGGACCAUAGACAUGUUUUACUUCAGAGGACCUUCUCAAGUUGGAGAUCGGUUGAUUCUGAAAGCCAUUGUCAACAACACAUUCAAGAACAGUAUGGAAGUAGGCGUAUGUGCUGAAGCCUAUCAAGGAGAGGAACCUCUGAGACACAUUAAUAGUGCUUUCAUGACAUUUGAGGUGUUGGAUGAAAAUGGAAGGCCACGCCAACUGCCUACUAUAAAACCUGAACCUCAGGAGGGUAAGAGGAGGUACCAAGAAGCUCUUGCCAGGAAGAAGAUUCGACUUGAUAGGAUGUACAUCAUCACAUGUAAGCAGACUGAAGUGCCGCUGUCUGUCCCCUGGGACCCCAGUAACCAGGUAUAUCUGAGUUACAACAACGUGUCUGCAUUGAAGAUGCUUGCAGCCAAAAACAACUGGGUUCUCAGCUCAAAGAAGAACCACGUGAGUCUGUAUACAGUGGAGGAGAAUCAGAGCUUGUGUUUCAGGGUGGAGUCUGAGGUGGAUGUCCCAGCACACAGAGCAUGCACCCUCGUCUCAGAUCUUAGCCGUAGACAAGAGUGGGACCAACAUUACACUUCGUGCGAGCUGCUCAUCAGGGUGGAUGAGGAUGACGUCAUCUAUCGAGUUGUUACACCCUCGGUGGGUGACAAAGGGAAAGCUCAGGACUUCAUUUUACUGGCUUCUAGAAGACCACCCUGUGAUAGCGGGGAUCCGUAUGUCAUUGCCCUAAGAUCCGUCACUCUGCCUACUCACCCACCCAUAGAGGGCUUCAACAGGGGUGAGGUGGUCUGCGCUGGUUUCACUAUUUAUGUGGUGUCAGAAAGUGUCUCUAAGAUUUCCUAUUAUAAUCAGGCCAGUCCAGGAGUGCUGCCAUACAUCUCCACUGAUAUCGCAGGGCUCUCCUCCACCUUUUACUCCACGUUCUGCGCAUGUAGCCGGUACCUGCUGGAGAACAGAGUCAGUCCAUCUGCACACACAUCUGGUACAUCAUCACAAUCUGCUGUUGGGUUAAAAAUACCAUUGUGAUGCAGCCAACUCAGUCUUAUUGGCCAUACUUACCUCUGUCUACAUUUCUAAAUUAACCACAAAAUAUCACAGUGAAAACAAGAAAUAUACAUGGUGACUAGUGAGGACUAAGUGGUUAUUAAUUCAGUCACUCACCUCUUUUGUUCAUAUAUAUUUUGUUAAGAUAAACCAUCCAUUACUGUGUCAUUUGUAUUGAGGGGCUUUGUUGUAAUAAAUGGUACUGAUAAGUGUUUUAAUACUUUAUUGGAGAUACUAAAUUUCUCCACUGAUACCGAUACAUGAUUAUUCAGAGUUAUAAUGAUUCUGAAGAGUAUUAUUAUUUCCUAACUUUAUAAUUGUUAUUAAUUCAUUUAAUGACUAUUCAUAUCGAACAUCAAACUGGUGAUGUUUCUAAAAUGGGUCAUAUGACACGGCUAAAACGAAUAUUAUUGUUUGGUUUGGAUGUAAUGUAAUGUGAAUACAAGAUUUUAUGUUCAGAAACACUGUAUUUUCCUCAUACUGUGCAUGUUUGUAUCUCCUUUUUGCCCCGCCUCUCUGAAAUGUCGAAUACGGCAAGAGUGUGACGGAAAUGCAACACCUCUUACCAUAUCAGGUUCCAAAGCAAUUGUACUAACAGGUACGCCCACCUUACUUGCUUACAUUUUGGCGGUCUUAGUCAAAUCAUACCACAAACUGACGUAGAUUUGUUGGGGUGUGGUUACACAAGGCGUUUCAGGCAGGUCUGGAUGGACAUUCGCUUUUAGAUAGAAUGCAUCUUGUAUUCCGACACUUUAAUUUUUGCAAUUUUACGUGUCUAAUACAUGCAUGGGCAACUUAUAACACACCAAAGACACAGAAAAACACAUGUUCACGCCAUAUUUAACAUUUUCAAUAUACAGAGCACAAAUUCAUAUCCAUUUAGAUUGACAUGAUAUAUCAUCCCUGAUCAUCGGCUGUUUUAAAAUAUCAUGUAUACAUGGUAUAAUAUGUUAAUUCCAGAUGUAUACUUACAAAAUUGUUAACAGAGUCAGAAAGACACUGAAAUCAUCAACAACCCUAUCCAUAAUAUAGGAACAUGAUCUCUGUUUAUGGUUUGCUAACCUCUCUUCUUGUGGAAUGAGUAACAAUAGUGACAUGCUGCAUGGUUUCCGUCAGGUCUGUUAUAUCUGGCACUGUCACAUCCCUAAUUGACAGCUUACUUUCCCACAUUGGCAUAAUUCAAAAUGUUUACAAAGUACAUGUUAUUAUUUUAGAAGUUUUUAAAAAUGAAUUCUUAACACUAACAUUUGUUUUAUGUCCUUAUAUACCUGUAAUGUAUUGGUGCAGAAAAAUGUAUGUUUAUUACUGAACAAAUGUUUAAGAGUGAAAUGAACAACAAUAUGAAACAUUUUAA